GAUCCUGCCUUGUGAGAGCCGCGCGGCGCGUCCUCCCGGGCUGAAGGCACGAUGGAGCCGAGCUGGUUCCAAGCGGGUGGCUCUCUGCUGGAAAGGGUCGCGGCCGACAGCUCGCUCUCUUUGCUUUUGGCCGCUUCUGCUUUUGCCCUGAGCUUGGGUUACUUGUUCCAGCUCGGCACUCGCCAGCAGCGGCAGUCUGCCAGCGGCCAAAAGUAUCCACCUUACAUUCCAUCAAAUAUCCCUUUUCUGGGACAUGCAAUUGCCUUUGGAAGAAAUCCUAUCCAAUUUUUAGAAGAUGCCUAUGAAAAGUAUGGGCCUGUAUUUAGCUUCACUAUGGUGGGAAAGACCUUCACUUACCUCCUGGGCAGUGAUGCAGCUGCUCUCUUGUUCAAUAGUAAAAACGAAGAGUUGAAUGCAGAAGACGUUUAUUCACGGCUAACUACUCCUAUUUUUGGCAAGGGAGUAGCUUAUGAUGUACCCAACGCAGUAUUUUUGGAACAGAAGAAGAUGCUAAAAACAGGUCUGAACAUAAGUCAAUUUAAAAAUCAUAUACCAAUAAUUGAGAAAGAAACUAUAGAAUACUUUAAAAGCUGGGGAGAUAAAGGAAAAAGAAAUUUACUUGAAGCCCUUUCCGAACUAAUCAUUUUGACUGCAAGCCACUGUUUACAUGGGAAGGAAAUAAGAAGCAUUCUCAAUGAGAAAGUAGCACAGCUCUAUGCCGAUUUGGAUGGGGGAUUUACUCACGCCGCAUGGCUCUUACCAGGGUGGCUGCCUUUGCCCAGCUUCAGAUGCAGAGAUAGAGCCCAUCGUAAAAUAAAAUCUAUUUUCCAUGAAGUAAUUCAGAAACGAAGACAGUCUUCUACGAAAGAGGAUGACAUGCUGCAAACACUAUUGGAUGUUACUUACAAAGACGGACGAUCACUAACUGAUGAUGAAAUUGCUGGGAUGCUUAUUGGAUUGCUCUUAGCAGGCCAGCAUACAUCUUCAACCACUAGCACUUGGCUUGGCUUCUUUUUGGCUAGGGAUAAAUCAAUACAGGAACAGUGUUAUGAGGAACAAAAAAAUGUAUGUGGAGAAGAUUUACCAUCAUUGACCUAUGAUCAGAUCAAGAAUUUGAAUGUAUUGGAUCGUUGCUUGAAAGAAACAUUAAGACUUAGACCACCUAUAAUGACCAUGAUGAGACUGGCUAAAACUCCCCAAACUGUUGCUGGUUAUACAAUUCUACCUGGUCAUCAGAUUUGUGUAUCUCCUACUAUUAAUCAAACACUUAAAGACUGUUGGAUGGAAAAUUUAAAGUUCAAACCAGACCGCUACCUUCAAGAUAAUCCUGCAGCUGCAGAAAAGUUUGCCUUUGUGCCAUUUGGUGCUGGUCGUCAUCGCUGCAUUGGAGAGAACUUUGCAUAUAUUCAGAUUAAGACAAUUUGGUCAACACUUCUGCGUUUAUAUGAAUUUGACUUAGUGAAUGGAUACUUUCCUGCCAUAAAUUAUACAACUAUGAUACACACACCUACUAACCCUAUAAUUAUUUAUAAAAGGAGAUCACCAAAUGAGACACAUACAUUGUAGAGCUUUUCUAGCACAGCUAAAGAAGUUGAAAGUUGCCUGUAAUUUGUAAAGAAAACUUGAAAUUUUGUGUUACAGUUUGCCAUUUUUUUAUGUUUCAGUAACUUGAAUGUGUUUGAGUUAAUUUUUCUUGUUAGAUGAAAACUCUUACUAAACAUAAUUUGUAAAGCUCAACGGUAACAUGGAUGAAGAGAGACUGGUUCAUAAGGCACAUAAGAUGUCAUAAUUUAAACAUGGGGAAAAAAACUAAAAUACUAUCAAUGAAUUUUUAGAAAUACAAAAUCAAUUUCAGGUUGCUAUAACUUUGUAGAUAUUGGCAUAGUGAAUUUCUGUAUGACUAACAAGACUCCUUCCUGGAAAACUGCUAUUAACAUGCUUACCAGAAGUUAUGUUAUUUCUUCUAAAAUAAAAUUUGAAUAGUUUUUUAAAAGCAGUUUAUAAUCAUUGGGGAAAAUAGAAUCUUGUUCCCUUCAUCUUAAUGACUGUGACGCCUGAUGCCUAUUAAGUUAAUAUAAAGCAUAUAUGAAAUAUUUGCUAUUGCAAUAUGGCAACUGUCUAAGUAGAAAAUAGCAAUAAAAUCUGCAGGAUUUAAAGAAUAAUUUGUUAAAGUGAUGACAUAUUAGUAACUCCUUUUUAGAAACUAGAAACAUUCAGUCAUUGGGGGGUUAUGUACUGUAACUAGGCAUAUAGAAUGUACAGUGGAAAAAUGUUGUUAUUUAACUAUUUGACCUUCAGUAAUGUUUUUAAUUAAAGAGAAUGAAAACUGA